GAGAGAGCAUGAGACAGAGAGAGAAGACGAGAGGAGAGAGGAAUGACGGAGGCUUUUGGCGUUGGCGCCGACCGUGUUUUCCGUCAGUGGAUCCGAUUAAUAGAGAGAAGAGGAAACUGAGGAAGUGAUAAAAGAGAGAGGAGAGAGACAGGAAAGAUCGGAUGAAUAGAGGAGAAAAGUGGAAGAAGAUGUGAGGGAAGACGCAUUGGAUCUCGCCGGAGAAUGUCGAGUGGAUGAAUUAAAGAGGAGAUUGGAAGAAGAUUCAAGUGGAGAAUGCAAAUCUGGCCGGAGGUGGUGACGCGGAGGUGUGGAAGAAGGGGCGACCGACGACUUCCAAAACAGCGGAUGAAUUGAAGAGAGAAAUGGAAGAAGAUGUGAGAAAAGACGGUGGAUCUCGCCGGAGAAGGUGGACGUGAGUAGAAGAAUAUGCCAGCAAAGAAUGAAACUCUCGCCGGAGGUGGUGCCGCCAGAAGACUUUCGUACAUUCUUUCUAUCUUUCCAUAUCUUUGUGAGUUCUAUGUUUUGGUACUGUUAGGGUUAGAGUUAGGGUUUUAUUUUUUUUUUAUUGUAUUUUCUCUCAAAUUUAUUUAUGAUUUCCGAUUUAGCGUUUCCUUUUAUGAAUACCUUCACCUACACCAAUCUUUGCUUUUUUUAAUCUGCUCUUCAAACGAUGCUGUUCCUCUUUGAUUUAUUUUCCUCUCUUGCCCCUUCUCCUAAGGAUUCUGGUUAGUUCCAGUAUGGUAGUCACCGGGCGUCCGCAUUGUCACCUCCUUUUUCAUUCAUAUGUAGUGGUUUAUACGCCUGUUUGAUUUUGUUUUUGUUUUAUUUAAUUUUUUUUACACGGUUAUGCCUAGGGGCUGAGGAUGCGAUUAGCAACAUUUCAUAUUCCUGGGCAAAGUUCAGAUUGUGCUGCCACCUGCAGCAAAUAUAUUAUUUUGUUUAUAUGUUCAAAUGUUAUGGAGAAACUGCUUAUCUAGUAUCCAUAUUCAUAGAAUCCAUGCUAUGUCUGGUCCAUUAGUUGAGAUAAAUGGUUCUAGCUCUGAAUACCAUGGAACCAUACCUAUCUUGCCUCCUAGACACUCAUGCUUUGCUCUGUGUAUAAUCAAUCACAUGUUUCAUUAUGCAAGAUGAAAUGAAAAGCAUACAUAUGUAACUAAGUGCAUGUGGAUGUGGCUUCCUACUUUCUUUAUGCACUAGACAAAUGACGGGAUCACAAUUUGAGUGGAUAGAAUUUUGAUGUUGAAAGGGUCUGUCAUGCACUCAUGCAUGAUUCCAAAAGCAAUCCUUUGCCCAUAUCUUGCAUGAUGGCAGCAUGCAUAACUAUUGUGGAGAAAUUAAUUCAUUGUCAUGUUCUUGAAUAGUUAUUUUCUUUUCCAAUUAAAGAAAGGGAGAUGAGAAUUCAUGUGCUUGUACUUUUUUGUUACAGACCUGAAUGCUGGCAUUCUCAGGAUGCAAUUAUGUUUGAGGACAGAAUGAACCGGUCUCAAUAAGAGGCAGAAAACUUUACAUGUAAGGCUCAAGUGUCAUGCCUUGUAAAAAUCUACAUCCAUUUCCAUUGUUUGGUCAAUUUUACUCAAUUUCAUGCCCCUAACAAAAAAACCUGCACAUACGGGCACACAUGCAAAUGAACAGAACAUUUAUUUCCUUUUGCAUGACAUGAAACAUGAUGCUUCUGGACAACUAAGCACUUUCCAAAUUAUCAUCAUCACUGUAAUUAUUAUGAUUAUGGUAUUCUUCAUCCUGGGCCAAGUUUCUGCAUCAUAGUCAGUUUAGAUUACAUGAUCUUUGUGUCACAUUGGGGCACAUACUUUGAUUUGUUAAAAUUAUCAAGAUCCUGCUGCUUGUUACCCUGAUGUUAAAUGAGUUACCCAAUGUGCAUUUCUUACUGUUAUUCGUGGUAAUUUAAUCAUGGAUGCUUGCUAAUGAUUAAAUGGUUUUACAGUCAUUUUUUCUCAGUUUUAUACUUAAUUGUUUUUAGAUUUAUUUUGGUCAACAAUUGUGUUUUUAGAUUUCUUAUUCGUUGAUUUUAUCCUCCUACUAGUAUUUUGGACAGCUGAAAUAUGAACACUUCAUUUCUUUUUGAUAGUAAACUGGGAACUGCUUU